CCUAUCCAUGGAGGCCUGCUCCGUAUGACGCAGUGUGCAGAGAGCACAAGGCGCGCCGCUAUGGACUAGGGUUCUGUCGCCACUGACAAGUCUGGCGAUUAUGCUGGGUGAACGGGCUAGGGAUGCCAGUCGCAACGCUGGAGGGCCUACUUAUUGCUCCUUACUAUAACAGAUUGCCGCGAUAUCGUACAUCAACACUUACGUGCCCAAACUGCUCACGACAUACCUGCUCGUUGUAUUCGAGCAACACAUCAGGGUGCACUACCUCUGCUGCAACAUCUACGUCGAUGGACGUGAUCUCGGCAUCCGCAAGCUCGAGCACAUCAACAGGCAUUCCUAGCCGUGCUUUGACUUCUACGCCUACGAGCGCCAACUCAGGCUACGCCACGAACCUAACAUAAGCACACUCCUGUGCUUGCCCAACCCGGCAUAACCCCAAUCUCUAAACCCAAUGCCAUAUCGCGCGCCCAUGUGGGACAUGCACGACUUCCGCGGAGCAUAUAUAUUUGGAGCUGCGGCCUGGAAGCCCGACUUGGGCGCGGAAGGGGAGAGUUG